AUGGCUGCUGGCGGCGAAUUCAUCGCGGAAUCGCCUUCAAAGUUGGGCGCCCUCCAACUGCCCAAUCCGCCCCCGCUCCUCCAUACGCGCGCCAGCCAGGAGAACUACGACCGUCCCUCAACGCCCACCCACAAUCCUAAUGAGUUCACGAGCCCCAUGCAGACCCCCGUUGGCAGUCCUAGCAAGAACAAACUGCCCCCUGGGGCUCUGAAUCUGCCUGGUGUCUUUGACAAGGCGAUGAAGCUGGCGCCGUCUUCCCCCACCAAGUCGGCUUUUGGAACGGCAGGCUCUCCUGGCAAGGGGCUGUCGGUGUUGGAAGAUUUCAAUCGCAGCGUGAUCCACCAGGAUGUCUAUUCAUCGGCCCCUGGUAGCCCGACGCGCCGAUCGAACAAGGAAAACAACCCGCCCAAUAUACCACGCCUGGGCAAAGACCUAGGGCUGAAUGCUAAUUCCGCUGCCGUGUCUCGACUCGAGCAAUAUCAACAACGGGACAUGGAAAGUGUGCGGAGGGCCCAGAAUCAGACGCUUCGUGGGUUGACUCCGGAAGACCUUGAAAAGCUUCAAAUGCCCAAGGUCAAGCGACUGGCCAACGUGACGCAAUUAUACUUCCUUGAUCACUACUUCGACAUCCUCAGCUAUGUACACCACCGCCAAACUCGAUAUAACGCAUUCAAGGCCGCCCACCCCGCGCCUCCACAUACACCCGUUGAAGAAUAUGAGCAUGAGCUUCAGAGAUAUCUCGGUCGUGAACGUGCUAACCUUCGCAGACGACGAACUCGCCUGCGCCAAGGUGACUUUCACAUCCUUACUCAAGUCGGCCAAGGCGGGUAUGGACAAGUCUAUCUAGCACAGAAAAAAGACACACGCGAGGUUUGUGCAUUGAAAGUCAUGAGCAAAAAGCUGCUUUUCAAACUCGAUGAGAUUCGCCAUAUCUUGACUGAGCGCGACAUUUUGACUGCUGCCAAGAGUGACUGGCUGGUCAAGCUCCUGUACGCCUUUCAAGACGAGCAACAGAUCUACCUUGCGAUGGAGUAUGUUCCUGGUGGUGACUUUCGAACGCUACUUAACAACACGGGUGUCCUACAUAAUCGCCAUGCGCGUUUCUAUAUUGCCGAGAUGUUUAGUUGUGUGGAUGCCUUGCACAAUCUAGGAUACAUCCACCGGGAUCUAAAGCCAGAGAACUUUUUGAUCGAUGGCACUGGGCACGUCAAGUUGACUGACUUCGGCUUGGCUGCAGGCAUGCUAAACCCCGUAAAGAUAGAAUCGAUGCGCAUUAAGCUGGAAGAAGUAGGCAACACGCCAGUUCCGUUUGGACGACCGACCGAACAGCGCACAGCGGCCGAACGACGUGAAGGCUACCGGUCAUUGAGAGAACGCGACGUCAACUAUGCCAACUCUAUAGUAGGAUCGCCUGACUACAUGGCACCAGAAGUUUUGAAAGGCCAGGAUUAUGACUUCACUGUGGACUACUGGAGUUUGGGCUGCAUGCUGUUCGAAGCACUGGCCGGGUACCCUCCGUUUUCGGGUGCUACUGUCGACGAGACAUGGCAGAACCUGAAGCGUUGGCAAAAGGUACUGCGGAAGCCUCAAUAUGAGGAUCCUAACUAUUUUCUGUCUCGCCGAACCUGGGAUUUGAUUACACGCCUGGUGGCGGCCAAGGAGACACGAUUCAAAAACAUCCAACAAAUUCAUGAGCAUGAGUACUUUGCCGAAGUAGACUUCAGUAAACUACGAGAGCGCAUGGCGCCGUUCGUUCCGGAGCUGGACUCGGAAACUGAUGCAGGCUAUUUUGAUGAUUUCACCAAUGAAGCAGACAUGGCCAAAUAUAAAGAGGUGCACGACAAGCAACGGCAAUUAGAAGAAAUGGCCGAGCGGGAGGACCAGAUGGGCAAGGGAUUGUUUGUUGGAUUUACUUUUAGGUAUUUUAUCCUUACAUACCCUACGAAUUUCGAUAAACGAGCAACUAACUUGAACAGACAUCGCAAACCAGCUGUGGAAGAUGGCAAAGGCAGUCCCAGAAAAUCCAUUCUCACGGAUGGCACAUUCGGCACGAUUUUUUAA